UUCGAACCAACAAAAGCAGGAGGCAGGGGACCCAAUGCAAAAGGAAAGCAAGGCCGCAGCGAAAGCUGCCUCCGAGCUAACCCUUCUUCAAACCAACGAACCCAUCUCCUCCUCCAACUCCACCCCCCCCCCCCCCCUCCCCCCUUCAGUCCCCUGCCCUCUCUUACAAAUACCUCCAUCGUCCUGUGCUUCCGCCGUCGAAUUAACCAGCCGCCGAUCAGUCCAUCGAGAAGGAAGAAGUACAGAGCUAAUCAAAGGGCCAAGAAACUCGAGUACUCCAAUCUUCCAAAGAGGAGCUGGAUUUUUCCUUCAUCCUUUCGUCUAGUGAUAACAUGGAGGAUAAGUGUGACCAUCCAGCAGAACUUUUGGGCACUGUCGAUGCUGAAAGUUCUUUGCUAUCGCAAUCUGAGGAUGCCGUCUCGGAACCAUUAGAAACUGCUGAUGUUAACGGAGCUACUGAACAUGAUGGUUCCUCAGACACUGGCCAUGCUGAACAGACUGAUGACGAGCCUGCUACAAAGGAAACCUCUGCUAUUAAUGUUGAGAAAGGAGAUGUGGCGCAACCCUGUGUUGAAAGUAGUGCUGAUGAACAAGAGAAUCAAAAAAUGUUUCCGGUGACAGGAACAGAUGCAAGUGAUAGUACCUCAGUCACAUCUAUGGAAGAUGGGCUGGAACCCAAAAAAGGUGCUCAGUCAGAGCCAGGAGAUGUUAGUGGGUACCCUCCUGAUCUAUCCAAUGACAAGUCUUCCACUGGAAAUGGAAAUGUGUACGAAAAUGCAAAGUGCGUAUUGACAAAUUCGACCAAGAAGAUGAAGAGAAGUAAAUCUGCAACUACGAGGAAGCCACUACAAGCUACUAACAAAAAUAGUCCGGAUAACUGGAAUGACUCUACUCUCACAAACUCGAAAUCAUUGAACGGAAAGACUACUACUGUCCCAUCAAGCCCUGUCUUCAGAUGUACUGAACGUGCCGAGAAGCGCAGAGAAUACUAUUCGAAGUUGGAGGAGAAACAUCAAGCUAUGGAGGAACAGAAAACUCAGUUGGAAGCUAGGUUGAAGAGAGAACAGGAGGAGGCUCUCAGGCUACUGAGGAAAAGCCUGACAUUCAAGGCCACACCCAUGCCAAGCUUCUACCAUGAGGCACCUUCUCCCAAGGCUGAAUACAAGAAGCUACCCACAACCCGUCCCAAGUCACCGAAGCUGGGGAGGAAGAAGGCUUCCAUGAACACCUCACACUCGUCGGAGGAGGGUGAGAGCACGAGACCAUACUGCCGUGCGAGCCGUGACAGCCUUGGCAACCACUGUAAGUGCCACAGCAGCACCAAGCCGCAGCAGCAGCAUCCUGCAGCAAACGCUAGGCACGCUGCAGCCGCGUCCAAGAAGCGAGCCAAGAACCAUGCCCACAAGGUAUCAGUGCUCAACAUCGCUGUGUGCUAGUUGCAGCAGCAGCAACUGCUGCUUCACCUUCCUCCUGCAGUGCUUGGUCCAGUGAUACUUGGCGUUUGCUUCACAUAAAUCAUGGUGGAACCUGAAUCCAGGAGAAGGGGAAACAGAGGUUGUUCAUUUUUUCCUUAAGUUAUGAGAGCAACUUAUGCUUCGAUCACGGCUUGUGGUGCUUUUGGUGUAGAUAAUAAGUUAUUGUCAUGAUGAUGGUCUUGCACAAGGGGUGUGCAUGUGCCAUGAGUGAAGUCAGUCACAAGUGUUUUAUUUAUGUUAAUAUUUUUCUCUCACUUUGCUUAUUUAUUCUGAGAUGUGAGAGCGGCAUGUGCUCUCUGUACAAAUGUUGUUUGUUUGUUAAUUUGUGGGGUUGUGUGUUUCUUGGUGUAAGUUAUAUUGUGCACUCAUGCAAACAGUGGGUUUGUUUGCUUGUUGGUGGUCGAUGAAUGACAUGGAACUAUUUAUGGUCA